AUGGUCUCUGAUGACAGAGAGUACUGGUACGAAGGAGAUGAGGUGGGCAGCAUGGCCGUGGACUUCUCCAUCGUAUGGGAUGGUGACUUCUUCAUCGACAAACCUCCCGCUAUGAAAGCCCUGCUCUACAAGUGUGCCGCUCAGCGCUCCAGCUGCGGUCAGUGUCUGAAGGCCCCGACCACCUUCGACUGUGGUUGGUGCACGGAGAGCAGGAAGUGUCUCCUACGGCAACACUGCCCCGCCCCCGAGGUCAACUGGAUGCACCAUGGCCGACACAACCUGCGCUGUAGUCACCCCCGCAUCACCAAGAUCGGGCCCCUGACUGGGCCCAGGGAGGGGGGCACCAGGGUGACCAUCGAGGGGGAGAACCUGGGCCUGCAGGUGCGGGAGAUCGCCCACGUCCAGGUGGCCGGCGUCCGCUGCACCCCCGCCCCCGCAGAGUACAUCAGCGCCGAGAGGAUCGUGUGUGAGAUGGCGGAGGCGCUGCUGCCCCUCUCCCCUGGGGGUCCGGUGGAGCUCUGCAUCGGAGUCUGCAGCUCAGAGUACCGCACCCUCUCCACGCAGACGUACUCCUUCGUGAACCCCAGCGUGGGCCGUCUGAGCCCAGAGAAGGGGCCCGUCUCGGGGGGGACGCGGCUGACCGUGUGGGGGCGCCAGCUGGACGCGGGCAGCUCCGUCAGGGUCUUCAUCCACCAGGAGCCCUGCCUCUUCCUCAGACGGACCAGUAGAGACAUCGUAUGUAUAACUCCCGCCUCCCAGUCAGGCUCUGGCCCCGCCCCCAUCCGGUUGAUGAUUGACAGGGCGGAGGUGACCAGUGAGACCCGCUUCCUGUACAGCGACGACCCGACCAUCAGCUCCAUCGAGCCCAACUGGAGCAUCCUCAAUGGAAGCACAGUCAUCACAGUAACAGGAGCCAACCUUCUGACCAUCCAAGAACCAAAGGUCCGGGCCAAAUAUAACGGAAUCGAGACAACUAACGUGUGCAAGGUGCUGAACGACUCGGUGAUGACCUGUCUGGCCCCGGGGCUGCUGUACGAUCAGCUGGUGCCCCAGGAGGGGCCUCUGCAUCCUGACGAGUUCGGCUUCAUCCUGGACCAGGUGACCUCCCUGCUGGUGCUGAACACGACGACCUUCACCCACUACCCCAACCCGACCUUCGAAACCCUGGGCACCUCUGGGAUCCUGGAGGUCAAACCAGGCUCCCCCAUCAUCCUCAAGGGGAAGAACCUGAUUCCUCCCGCCCCUGGCAACAGCCGCCUUAACUACAGCGUCCUGAUUGGAGAGACGCCCUGUCUGUUAACUGUCUCAGAGAACCAGCUCCUCUGUGAUUCGCCAGAUCUGACAGGGGAACAGAGAGUCCUGAUCCUGGUGGGGGGUCUGGAGUACUCCCCCGGGACCCUCCACAUCUACUCGGACUCCGCCCUCACGCUGCCCGCCAUCGUGGGCAUCGGAGGGGGCGGCGGCCUGCUGCUGCUGGUCAUCAUCGCCGUGCUCAUCGCCUACAAGAGGAAGACGCGCGACGCCGACCGCACCCUGAAGCGCCUGCAGCUGCAGAUGGACAACCUGGAGUCACGCGUCGCCCUGGAGUGCAAAGAGGCGUUCGCCGAGCUGCAGACUGACAUCCAGGAGCUGACCAACAUGGACGGCGUGAAGAUCCCCUUCCUGGAGUACCGGUCCUACACCAUGAGGGUCAUGUUCCCCGGGAUCGAGGAGCACCCCGUGCUCAAGGAGCUGGACUCCCCGGCCAACGUGGAGAAGGCCCUGCGGCAGUUCUCCCAGCUGCUCAACAACAAGGUGUUCCUGCUCACCUUCAUCCACACCCUGGAGGAGCAGCGCUCCUUCUCCAUGAGGGACCGCGGCAACGUGGCCUCGCUGCUCAUGGCCGCCCUGCAGGGCCGUAUGGAGUACGCUACGGUGGUGCUGAAGCAGCUGCUGGCCGACCUCAUCGAGAAGAACCUGGAGAACCGAAACCACCCCAAACUACUGCUGAGGAGGACUGAGUCUGUUGCUGAGAAGAUGCUAACUAACUGGUUUACUUUCCUGCUGCAUCGUUUCCUAAAGGAGUGUGCGGGGGAGCCUCUCUUCAUGCUGUACUGCGCCAUCAAGCAGCAGAUGGAGAAGGGCCCCAUCGACGCCAUCACCGGGGAGGCACGCUACUCGCUGAGCGAGGACAAGCUCAUCAGACAGCAGAUAGACUACAAGACACUGACCCUGAUGUGCGUGCCCCCAGAGGGCGAGGCGGGGACGGAGGUGCCGGUGAAGGUGCUGAACUGCGACACGGUGACGCAGGUGAAGGACAAGCUGCUGGACUCGGUCUACAAAGGAAUCCCCUUCAGCCAGAGGCCGCAGGCCGACGACAUGGACCUGGAGUGGAGACAGGGCAGGCUGACCAGGAUCAUCCUGCAGGAUGAAGACGUCACCACCAAGAUAGAGAGCGACUGGAAGAGACUCAACUCACUGGCUCACUACCAGGUGACGGAUGGCUCCCUGGUGGCGCUGGUGCAGAAGCAGGUGUCGGCGUACAACAUCGCCAACUCCUUCACCUUCACCCGGUCCCUCAGCCGAUACGAGUCAUUGCUGCGGACCUCGAGCAGUCCUGACAGUCUGAGAUCCAGAGCUCCCAUGAUUACCCCCGACCAAGAGACAGGUACCAAGCUGUGGCACCUGGUGAAGAAUCAUGAGCACAGCGACCAGAGAGAAGGAGACCGAGGGAGCAAGAUGGUCUCCGAGAUCUACCUGACCAGACUGCUGGCCACCAAGGGGACGCUACAAAAGUUUGUGGACGACCUGUUUGAGACGGUGUUUAGCACCGCCCACCGUGGAUCUGCGCUCCCAUUGGCCAUCAAGUACAUGUUUGACUUCCUGGAUGAACAGGCGGACAAGAGGCAGAUCACGGACCCGGACGUGCGACACACCUGGAAGAGCAACUGCCUGCCCCUGAGGUUCUGGGUGAACGUCAUCAAGAACCCCCAGUUCGUGUUCGACAUCCACAAGAGCAGCAUCACGGACGCCUGCCUUUCGGUGGUGGCCCAGACCUUCAUGGACUCCUGCUCCACCUCCGAGCACCGUCUGGGCAAGGACUCGCCCUCCAACAAGCUGCUCUACGCCAAGGACAUCCCCAACUACAAGAGCUGGGUGGAGAGGUACUACCGGGACAUCUCCAAGCUGCCCAGCAUCAGUGAUCAGGACAUGGACGCUUACCUGGUGGAGCAGUCACGUCUCCAUGGCAACGAGUUCAACACACUGAGCGCGCUCAGUGAGCUCUACUUCUACAUCAACAAGUACAAGGAGGAGAUCGUGACGGCCCUGGACCGGGACUCUUACUGCCGCAAACACAAGUUGAGACACAAGCUGGAGCAAGCCAUCAACCUGAUGUCAGGGAACAGCUGAGGGGAGGAGCAGGAGGAGCAGAGGGAGCAGGUGGAGGAGGAGGAGGAGGAGGAGUGAAGCCGAGCGAGGGGCAGUGUCAGACUAUUGAUCACUGAUGGAGGAAUCGAUUGAUCCCAGCCACUCGGGAUCAAAGCAUACAGCCUGUUGUUGUUGUUUUUAUUUUGUGUUGCCAUGGCAACACCGCGGAGCCGCGGAGCCGCGUUGCCGCGGAGACCCCGGGAACCGGGCUUGAAGACUUGAGGGAGGAGUCGGAUGAUCCAACGUCGAGCAGCCAAUCAGAUUCUUCUGCGGUUCAUCGGUUGGACGGCACUGGAGUCUGAGCCUCGUUCUCCUGAGGUUCUCCUGAGGUUCUCCUGAGGUUCUCCUGAGGUUCAGGAGGACUUCUAGAGGUUCUAACAGAGUUGUCAAGGGGCUCUAGAGGUUCUAAAAGAGUUCUAUAUCUCUGUGUUCCUCUGUGUUGAAGCGUCUCAACACUGAACAAUCAUUCACACUGAGCCUCAAUGCUUAGCAACAGACCUAUACCUGUGGCCAUACUCCCCUCCUCUCUCCUCUCCUCUCCUCCCCCUCUCCUCUCCCUCCUCUCCUCCCCUUCCUCUCCUCCUCCCCUCUCCUCCUCUUCUCUCUCCUCUCCUCUCUCCUCAUCCCUAUUCUCCUACUCCCCUCUCCUCUUCUCUCCCCUCUGCUCCUCUCCUCUCUCCUAUCUCCUCUCCUCCUCUCCUAUCUCCUCUCCUCCUCUCCUCCUCCUCUCUUCAUCCCACCCCUCUUCCUACCACCUGACCUCAACCCUGCCCUGUCAUUGGUCAGUCCAAAUGGCCGCUGGCCUGUGAUUGGCCAGACAGACUAUUUAGUAACUUACUGCCGACCACUGAAGACUGUGGAGACCGGAGAGGAAGAACCGAUACAUUCCAACACUCUCACGUUGUCAUGGAAACGUGAUCAGAAACGCUCGAUUAUUAUCUUCAACUAAUUCACGCAAACACACACACAUACACACUCACAUACACACACAUACACACAUACACACUCACACACACACACACAGUGCCAUGCUUGGGGGAUAUACUGUGCAGAGCUACAGUGCCAUGUAAAGCCCGGAGCCAGAUCUGGACGGAGCUGGACCGGACUUGGACCAAAACACAUCAAAACCCGGACUGGAGUCAUCCGGACUGAACACAAGACUCUGUUUUAGGACUUGUGGCCAUAAUUGUAAAAUAGUGAAAUAAUGCUGAUGAAAUAUAGAAGGAUUAUUAAUGUGUAAUAAGAACUUUGUGGAUUUUAAGAAACAUACAAGGCUACUGUGUGGAGUGGACAAAACCAGGACCAGAACCCAGGGUUAGAGACCACAGACGGUCCGGACCGGCAUGGACCGGACUGGACUCAUUAGCUCCUGGCCAGGAGCUAGGGGCUAGGAGCUAAGGUCCAGGAGCUAGGAGCUAGAGGCCAGGUCUGGGGUUAGGGUCCUGGGAGCAGCUGUGUGCGGU